AUGCAAUACAAACAAGCCCUCGCAGCCGCCGCCGCUGCCUCUGUCGCUUCCGCCGCCGUGACUGCCUCUGAGCCAUGGACCACCUUGACUCCUACCGCCACCUACAGCGGCGCGGUGUCGUCCUACGCUUCGACUUUCGGCAUUGCCGUCGUCCCGGUGGCUUCCGCGUCGGCUUCCGCCUCCGCGAAGGCUAAGCGUGACGCGAUCUCGCAGAUCGGUGACGGCCAGAUCCAGGCCACCACCGCCACACAGACCCCUUCUGCCAAGAGCUCCGCUGCCGCUGUUUCCCAGAUCGGCGACGGCCAGAUCCAGGCUACUACCGCCACUUCUGCCAAGAGCUCCGCCGCUGCUGUUUCCCAGAUCGGCGACGGCCAAAUCCAGGCCACCACCGCUACACAGGCUCCUAAGAGCUCCGCCGCUGCCGUUUCCCAAAUCGGCGACGGUCAAAUCCAGGCCACCACCGCCACUCAGGCCAAGAGCUCUGCUGCCGCUGUUUCUCAAAUCGGUGACGGUCAAAUCCAAGCCACCACCGCCACCCAGGCUCCAAAGAGCUCAGCUGCCGCCGUUUCCCAAAUCGGUGACGGUCAAAUCCAAGCCACCACCGCCACCCAGGCUCCAAAGAGCUCAGCUGCCGCUGUCUCUCAAAUUGGCGACGGCCAGAUCCAAGCCACCACCGCUACCGCUGCCAUGAGCUCUGCUGCCGCUGUUUCCCAAAUCGGUGACGGUCAAAUCCAAGCCUCCACCACCACUUUGAAGCCAUCCUCCGCCGCUGCUGCCUCUCAGAUCUCCGACGGCCAAAUCCAAGCCUCUACCACAUCCGGUGUCAGCCAAGUCUCUGACGGUCAAGUUCAAGCCUCUGCUACCGCCUCGAGCUCUGGUUCUUCUUCCACUGACCCUGUCAAGGCCGAAUCUUGCAAGAGCGACGGUACUUUGGAAAUGUCUUUGUCCGACAGCGUUUUGGUCGACGGUAAGGGCAGAAUCGGCUCCAUUGUCGCCAACAGACAAUUCCAAUUCGACGGUCCACCACCACAAGCCGGCGCCAUCUACGCGGCCGGAUGGUCCAUCACUCAGGAUGGCAACUUGGCUAUUGGUAACAACGAUGUCUUCUACCAAUGUUUGUCUGGCUCUUUCUACAACUUGUACGACGAGUCCAUCGGUGGCCAAUGUACCCCUGUCCACUUGGAGGUCAUUGACUUGGUUGACUGUUAA